AUGAACAAGGAAUAUGAGGCAUUUAUUAAUCGAGUUUUAACACAAGUUUUGUUUGUACGAGAAUCAAAACAAUGUGCUCGUAUGUCUGUCAGCAUUGCUGAAUCGGCUACCGAUGAAGCUAAAAAACGCCAAGAAUCGAAAAACGUGCUGCAGGAGCUCCUCGGAGACUAUAGCGAAAGCGAUGACGAGAAAGAUGAAGAAGAGGCACAGAUCGAGAAUCCAUCAAAGGGGCAAUCACAACCGGAUUCUUUCAGCUCUUCAAAUAAUCAAUCAGACAUUCAGAAACCUUCAUCAGAUUCCCACCUGCCAACAACUUCUCAGUUUAAUUCUGAACAUUCGAUCGAGAUGGAUCAAUCUGAGGAAAGCAUCGAAGCGGCAUUAAAAAACUUUUUGUCCGAAAUCAAUGCGUUACCUAUUACUUCUAUCGAUAAAAAUCCUACUUUGGAAAAAACCAGUGAAAAAUCUUCUAAAAAUAUUGUACCAACGGAAAAAGAUCAAAUUGUUUCACAGCUCUCACAUUCAGAAGGUGAUUGGCAACGGCAUUUUCAUCAAGAGGAAAAACGUUACUAUUAUUUCAAUAGUAGAACUGGUGAAACAUGUUGGGAUCUUGAUACACAAACUAAUGUUUUGGGAGCUUCUUUAAUGUCACGUUCAGAUGAAGAAGCAAAUAAUUUGAAUUCAUCACCUAAAGAAGACUCUAAUCGAGAAGUUGAUGUUCACUUUAAUCAAAUGAAUACCAUUGAUGAUAUCGACAAUGUUACAUCCAUGCGUCCUCCUUCAUCAGAUUCGCCAUUGCAUAUUCGCUCAAGAGAUGCCUACGACCGUUUAUCUAUCAUUACACCUAUGACAACACACUUGAGGCUUGAAAGGCAUCAAAUUGAAUUCGCCACCAGACUACAUGAUUGGCAAGUUGGUGCGUUGAAUUCAUAUUAUUUUGAAAAAGUUAUUUUGGAAGGAUUGGAAAUGUUGAUACGAAGCAUUGAAGAGCAGAUAUCACCAACUGGCUGGUUAUGCAAAUGGAAAUCUGAUUCAAAGACAUAUAUCUGGAUGCACAUUCAGUCGAAUCAAGUUUCCCUUACGUAUCCAAGUCCUGAAUUGAUUGCAAGUCUUAACACUCAUUCGUUGGUUGUAAAUAACCAAGAAUGUUCUACAGCGGGAUCAGAUUCUUCGCCCAUGAUAAAUUUAAUGCAAUCAUCACAGCACAGUACUACUACUUUGCAACCUACGAGCGUUUCGAAAACGCAAAAUAAUUCAUUUUUACAGCCGUUAUUUCAGUCACAAGUUACACCACCGCCCCCGCCUUUACCACCUCCACCUCCAUUGCCGAAAGUUGAAAGUUGGAAUGAAGUUAUCGAUACAAAACCAGAAUCUUCAGAUGACGGGAUUGGUUCUCCCCCCCGUUCUCAAACAUCAAGUUUACCAAGUGUGUCUCAUUCACACGAAAAAAAGAGAAAGAAAGAUAAAGAGCUUGUAACUUCCGGUUUUAAGAAUAAAAAGAUGGCGACACUUGUUGAAAAAUGGAAAGCUGCGGAAGAUUUCCUUGCAAAUACUGAUUGGGAAGAGGUCACAAGGCAACAACAUGGAUCUUCCUCCAUUAAUCCUGAAGCUUGGAUCAGAGAACAGAUUGAAUCUGGCGAAGCUGCUAACAAUCCUAAUUUCGAACCUAUUAAGGGUGACUGGCGACAAAAAAUCAGAAGCAAGAAGUCUUAA